CUUUGCAGGCAGCGCUGAGACUCGGGGAAAGCGCGGCUCCGCAAAUCCCUUCGGCUGCUCCCAGCCCGCGCUCCCUGGAACAGGAGGACGGGACUCUCUCCUUCGUUGGGGGUUUUAUGGUUUUUGUAGGUCUGAGGGACGUGGGACAGCUCCAGGUCCUUGAGGAAACUCCCAGUUACCUCUGGACAUGAUGCUGGUCACCGCAAGAGGAUGGGCGCUGCUGCUACUGCUGCUGUUGGGAGCCACAGCCAGUUCAGGUCAAAGGCUUGUAAGACAAGGCCUUGGCAGGAUCCAGAUAGGACAGAGAACCUUCAGACCGAUAGUGAUGCUCAGCCUAGAGGGUACAAGGAGCAGCUCCCAUCGGUUGGACCCAAUCUUCACCAGUGCCAGACGCACUGUUUUGGUGCAAGAUUCCAGAAAGUUUUUGUCUCCGUGGUCAAAAUGGAGCGAGUGCUCAGGAAAGUGUGGCCAAACUGGUGUGCAGAAGCGGACCCGAUCCUGCCUGGCGGAUCGCCUCUGGGGCGUGCACUGCAACGAAGUCAUGGAGGAAGGGCGGCUCUGCAUCGGACACGUAUGCUCAGGCUGCAACAUCACCUGCCCCAUGGGCCGCGUGAACGCUGACUGCGAUGCAUGCAUGUGCGAGGACGUGACCCUGCAUGGAAAGGUCUCCUUGGAGGAUGGUUCACCCGCAGACAACGCCCGGGUCUACUUGCAAGCCAACAAUCUCAAGCUGUUGACGACAGCUGACAAUAAGGGCACAUUUAGGAUUCCUGGGGUUUGUCCCGAUGGCAGAAACACUCUCAAAAUAAAGAAAGCCAAAUACACGACCGCAGCCAUCACUGUACCGGAGACCAACAGGAAGAACCUGGUGCUCCAAGUGCAGCUGAAGAGAUCAGGCAAACCCUAUGUUUUCAAGAGCCCUGAUGACAAGGCGAGGAGAGUGGGGCAGAGUGUGUCACUCUGCUGCAAUGCUGUAGGGACUCCGGCCCCAGAUCGAUAUCUCUGGUACCACAAUGGCUCCCUGCUGGAUCCUUCCAUAUAUAGAUACAAAAACAACUUGAUUCUGAAGAACCUGAACAGAGAGCAGGCAGGAGAGUAUUUCUGCAAGGCCAUCAGUGAUGGAGGUUCAGCAAAGUCCCAACCUGCCACGCUUUCUGUAAUAGGAAAACAAGAGGCAGCCUGCAGCUCUAAGCCCCAAAGCCACCUCAUUCGUCUUCCACACGACUGUUUCCAAAAAGCAACUGACUCAUUCUACUACGACGUGGGCAAGUGCCCAGCAAAGACCUGUGUUGGGAAGCUGGAUAAGGGACUCCGCUGUAAGGACAACAUCUCCUACUGCUGUGGGGUGUCUAAGAUGGAAGUGAGAGAGAUCCUGUGCGAUGGGUACACGCUCCCCACUAAAGUCGCCGUAGAAUGUGGCUGUAAAAAAUGCACCGAGACAAAAAUAACAGUUCGGGGCAGAGCUACAGCGGUGGAUAACGGUGAGCCACUGAGAUUUGGCCACAUCUAUAUGGGGAACAAGAGAGUGAGUAUGACUGGCUACAAGGGAACCUUCUCCAUCCACGUCCCACCAGAUACUGAAAGACUGGUUCUAACCUUUGUUGAUCGGCUGCAGAAGUUUGUGAACACAACAAAAGUUUUGCCAUUCAAGGAAAACGGAGGUGCUGUGUUUCAUGACAUUAAGUUACUACGAAAGAAAGCCCCUGUUACACUGGAAUCCACUGAAACGAGUGUAAUUCCUUUGGGAGAAAAGGAAGAUGAUGAUCCCAUUGCUGAAUUAGAAAUCCCUCCUGAUUCAUUUUACAGGAAGAAUGGAGAACCUUACAGAGGAAAAGUGAAAGCCAGCGUGACGUUUCUGGACCCAAGAGAACUCUCAACAGCACCUGUGACACAAAGUGACCUGAACUUCGUAGAUGACGAAGGAGAUGUGUUCCCGCUCCGCACCUAUGGCAUGUUUUCCCUGGACUUCACUGAUGAACAGGGCACCGAGACUCUUAAUGCAGAAAAUGUGAAGGUCCACUUAGACACUUCUCAGGUGAGGAUGCCAGAGCAUCUAGAAGAAAUGAAGCUUUGGUCACUGAACCCUGAGACAGGUUUAUGGGAGGAAGAAGGGGACUUCAACCUGGAGAAAAGCAGACGGCGCAGAAGAGAGGAGAGGACUUUUUUGGUUGGGAACAUGGAGAUCAAGGAAAGGCGGCUUUUCAACCUGGACGUCCCAGAGAGCAGACGGUGCUACGUCAAAGUCCGAGCAUACAGAAGUGAGAGAUUUUUGCCAAGCGAGCAGAUCCAAGGGGUGGUGAUUUCUGUUAUAAACACAGAGCCAGAGCCAGGGUUCUCUUCCAACCCCAGAGCAUGGGGCCGUUUUGACAGCGUGGUCACUGGUCCCAAUGGUGCUUGUGUGCCAGCCUUUUGUGACGAGCAGAACCCAGAGGCCUACGCAGCUUACAUUUUGGCGAGCUUGGGGGGUGAAGAACUCGAAGCAGUGCCCUCUGCUCCCAAACUCAAUCCUAAUGCUAUUGGGGUCCCACAGCCAUAUCUCAACAAGCUCAACUACAGGAGAACAGACCACGAGGACCCUAACACAAAGAAAACUGCAUUCAGAAUCAAUAUGGCCAAGCCAAGUCCAAAUUCUGCAGAUGAGAACAAUGGCCCUAUUUAUGCCUAUGAAAACCUGAAAGAAUGUGAGGAAGCUCCAUACAGCGCUGCUCACUUCAGGUUUUACAGGAUAGAGGGAGAUCGGUACGACUACAAUACUGUUCCCUUCAGUGAAGAUGACCUCAUGAGCUGGACCGAUGACUACCUGGCAUGGUGGCCCAAACCCAUGGAAUUUAGGGCCUGCUACAUCAAAGUCAAAAUUAACGGACCCCAAGAAGUGAACAUAAGGUCUCGCAACAUGGGUGGGACACAUCCACGCACCAUUGGCAAGCUCUACGGCAUCAGGGAUGUCCGCAGCAUUCGAGAUCCUGAGCAGCAGGACGUGUCAGCAGCCUGCCUGGAGUUCAAGUGUAGUGGCAUGCUCUUCGACCAAGACCGUGUGGACCGCACGCUCGUGAAAGUCAUCCCACAAGGCAGCUGUCGCCGGGAGAGCGUUAACAGCAUGCUCCAUGAGUACCUGGUGAACCACCUUCCCAUGGCUACCAACAACGAUUCCAGUGAAUACACAAUGCUGGCACCCCUUGACCCCCUGGGGCAUAACUAUGGCAUCUACACUGUCACUGACCAGGACCCACGGAUCGCCAAGGAAAUUGCUUUGGGCAGGUGUUUCGAUGGCACAUCAGAUGGCACCUCCAGAAUCAUGAAGAGCGAUAUCGGUGUUGCGCUGACUUUCACCUGUUCGGAGAGGAGCGCAGCAGAGCAAAGCUUAUUUGAGUCCCAGAGGAACUUAGGCCAGCAGUCCAUACAGGUACCAUCAAGGGAGAGCCCUGCAUACCAAAGGCCGGUGGGAAGCCGCCAGAUCACCCAAAGCAGAAUCCAGAUAAGAGGCCAACGUCCUUCCUCAUACUAGAGCUAUAGAGGAGCCUAGGUAAAGUCACUCACAAUUGAUUAAAAAAAAUUAUCUACCUGCAAAUAGCCUAAUUCAAACUAGGUAGUUGUCAGUAUUUUUGAGACAUUAUAUUUCCCUCCCACUCCCCUUUUUUUUUUUUGUUUUUGAGUUUUAUUUUUGCAUUACACCACAAAGGAAAGAUAUAAGGCAGUACUUGUAAGUGAACUCCUGCCUAAAAGUGUCAAAAAAAAUCUGAGAUAAAACAACUCCACCUGAUAGCCUAAAGGGAAAACUAAACACACAGUUCAAUUAAGUCACAUACAUAAGACAUCCUUCUAUUCUGCAUCUGCAGACUUUGCCAGCCCAAGUACCUAUAUAGUAGUUGGUAACAUGAAAAGGAAUAAACUGAUUUUCCCAUACUGAAUUCAA